CCGUCCGUUUCGAUAAAAAGGAAAUAGCUACAGCUAGUUAAACUUCAAGUAAAUAAGAUUAUUACCAAACACGAUACCCAACCCAAGAUAAUCAAUGGCAGGUGUAUCAUCGGCCCGCGAGUCGCUCUCCCACGCGAUGAACAACCGCUUUCUUCCCAACCUGGAGUACUUGCUGCAGGGGUCCAUUCUCGAUUCCGCCGUGGAGCACUUGAUGCACAGACUCAAGGGACUAUGCGACAAUGUGGACACUUCGCCGGAGCCCUUUCAUGACCUGGAAGUGUGCAUGAGCCUUCGACAGCCUAACGCCAACCAGCCGGUGCUGCUUCGUGUUCGUCGUGCCCUUGGUCGCGAUGCUCCAUUUCAAAUGCGCUACUUGGGCAAUCCCGAGGUGGACCAGCGACGUCCCACACUGGUGCGUAGUUGCAUGGACUGCGCGUGCACCAACGGAAUCUUGGAGUUCCUCACUGAGAUGGGUUUCCGCUUGGAGUUCGAGUACAUAGCAAAAGGCUAUAUGUUCCGUAAAGGACGAAUGAAAAUUACCGUUUCCAAGCUCAUAAAAAUUGUGCCCGGCAAACAGCAGGACAUGGCAAACGAGCCAAUCUCGCAAAGUUACAUAGUGGAACUAUCCGUGGUGGCGCCAACGGGGCAAGAAAACGUUGGCGAGGAGAUGCGGGUAUUCGCAGAACAACUAAAGCCGCUAGUGCAGCUCGAGAAGAUCGACUACAAGCGGUUAGGCGGCAUGCCUUAGUUUGUAAUAAAGAUGGACAGAUAUUUCGUCAACAGUAAUUUAAUGGCUUAAGAAUAAGAAAAUAAUAAAAAAAAACAUACACAAAAAGGAA